UAACAAUUUUCAAUGAACUAAGUAAUUAAAAUAUAUGCACGUUUUAAUGUUUGUAUACUGAAUGAAUAAAUUUGAUUUGAUUUUAAUAGUAACCGGGAAUGUAUGAUAAUUUGAAUGUAGAUAUGGAGUUAAAAAAUCGGACUGAACAGGACAACAUUUACGAAACUCUUCAACAUGGUACAAGGGAGCUUGCAGAUAAAACUACUCCUUCAGCAAAGAAGUGUACACCACUUUUGUUAUGGUGUACCCUCGUAAAUUCAAUUUUAAUUGGACUGUUGAUUAUCGCAGUUUCUGUUUCUUUAUACAUGUGUAUAAACGAUUCAAAGGCUUCAAAUAGUAAAGAGAACAUGAAAAGUAUAGCAGAACUUGUGGAGAACAUUACGAAAGAUGUCGUUGUAGAGAACAUGAAAAGUAUGGCAGAACUUGUGCAGAACAUUACGAAAGAUCUGAAGAAAAGUACUUCUGGUUUAGAUGACUUAAAGUCGGUAACGGAUAGGAUCAACAGCAAAUGUGAAGAUGGACUUUCAGACAUGUCUGAAAAGAUUGCAGGUUUGGAGAAAAAUAUCGGAGAAUUGAAACCUAUCACAAUUAACAAACCUUUGAGCAACAAAUUUGAGCGGCAGACGUCUACAGGAUGUCCAAUAGAUUUUAUAAAACACGAUAAUUCCUGUUACCACAUCUUCGCUACACCCACUUUAAAAUGGUGGGAAGCCAUGGCAUACUGUCAAAUAUAUGGUGGCGGAUCGGGAACACUGGCUACAGUGGAGUCCGAGUCGGAACAGCUGUUCCUUGAAAAUAAACUGAAGGAAGCAUUCCGUAAGUUUCUACACAGAUUUUUUACUUAGAAAUUCAUU